CUGAAACCCUUGUCUUUGAGAGGUACGGAGAAAGAAAAAGAACCCUCAAACCCUAACUUCUUCCCCCAUGGACGACGGCGACCUCAGCUUCGACUUCGAGGGCGGCCUCGACCCGGCCCCGGCGGCUGGGGGGCUGGCGCCGUCCUCGGGCGAUGCCGGCGCUAUCGGGGGCGGGGGCAUGGACGGAAUCGGGCACGGGCGAGGCCGCGGCCGCGGGAGCUAUAGGCAGACGGUGUGCCGGCACUGGCUGCGGGGCCUGUGCAUGAAGGGAGAGGCCUGCGGAUUCCUGCACCAGUUCGACAAGGCGCGCAUGCCCGUAUGCCGCUUCUUCCGCGACUUCGGCGAGUGCCGGGAGCCCGAUUGCGCUUACAAGCACUCCUACGACGACGUCAAGGAGUGCAACAUGUACAAGAUGGGGUUUUGCCCUAAUGGCCCACAUUGCCGGUACAAGCAUGUCAAGCUACCUGGACCACCACCUCCUGUUGAGGAAGUUCUUGCAAAGAUUCUGCAAGUGCGCACAUCCGGUUUCAACAAGUUUAAUCAGCACAGGGGCAAUAACUAUAAUCAACAGGGGGAGAGACCUCGACCUCCACAUGGUUCAGGCUUACCUAACCAAAAUUCGACAGAAAAUGCUACCGCCGUGACAAUGCAACCAGCUGCUGGGCAACAAGCUCAAACGAUGAAUCAACAGCCUCCGCAGAAGCAGCAGCCGCAGCAGCAGAAGCCAAAUACAAAUGACCAGGUUCAAGGUGUUCCAAAUGGAUCAUCUAAUCAAACCACCAGAAUUGCAACACCCCUUCCACAAGGGACAACUAGGUACUUCAUUGUUAAGAGUUGCAAUCGGGAGAACCUGGAAAUAUCAGUUCAGCAAGGCAUCUGGGCUACUCAAAGGAGUAAUGAGGCUAAACUAAAUGAAGCUUUUGAAUCCAUGGAGAAUGUCAUUUUAAUAUUUUCAAUCAAUAGAACCCGUAAUUUCCAGGGCUGUGCAAAGAUGACUUCUAGGAUUGGUGGUUACAUUGGUGGUGGAAAUUGGAAGUCUGCUAAUGGGACAGCACAUUAUGGUCGGAACUUCUCUUUACAGUGGCUUAAGCUUUGUGAAUUAUCAUUUCAGAAGACUCACCAUCUUCGUAAUCCAUACAAUGACAAUCUUCCUGUUAAGAUCAGUCGAGAUUGCCAAGAAUUAGAACCUUUCAUUGGCGAGCAAUUGGCUUCUCUGCUUUAUCUGGAGCCAGACAGUGAGCUUACGGAAAUGCUAGUUGCAGCAGAGGCCAAGAGAGAAGAGGAGAAGGCAAAGGGAGUCAGUGCUGAUGAGGCAACUGACAACCAAGAUAUUGUGCUGUUUGAUGACAAUGAAGAAGAGGAAGAAGAGGAAAGUGAGGAGGAGGAAGAAAACAAUGGCCCAGAAUCUCAAGGAAGAGGAAGGGGAAGGGGAAUGAUGUGGCCACCUCAUAUGGGCAUGCCACGGGCCGUUGGACCACUGAUGGGAGCGCGUGGCUUCCCUCCGAACAUGAUGGGCGACGGCUUUGGUUUCGGCAAUGCCUUUGGCAUGCCUGAUCCUUUUGGCAUGCCUCGUGGUUUCCCACCGUUCGGCCCAAGGUUUCCCGGUGAGUUCGCCAGAGGUCCUAUGCCUGGUAUGGUCUUCCCUGGAAGGCCUCCGCAGCACGGUGGCCUCUUCCCCAUGGGUCUCGAGAUGAUGAUGGGCCCUGGCCGAGGAGGACCGCUCAUGGGAGGCAUGGGAAUGGGCGGGCCUGGGCGACCAAAUCGUCCCAUUGGCAUGGCUCCCUUCAUGCCCCCGCCACCUCCGCGCCCCGUGAAACGGGGGGACCAGAGAAGGCCAGGAGGUGGUGACAGGAGCGACAGGUAUGAAACUGGGUCAGAGCAGGGAAGCAGGGGCCAUGACACUGCUGGGAAUUCUGCAGCAGACGGAGCCAGGUCCCAAUCUGGGGACAAGUAUGGCAGAAGCUCCUUCCGAGACGAUGACAGUGAGAGCGACGAGGAAGCGGCGCCUAGGCGAUCCAAGAAACGAUAGAGCAAACAGAAACUUAUUAUAGAGCACCUUUUGGUCCAUGGAGACUAUUUUCUCCUUUCUGCCGAGAUCAGCCAGAUACCUCUGAAAAUUCCACCCCUGUAAACUGAGAACUGAGUUGUAUCGAUCGAACAUGUACACCAACAGCUAUGGUUUUGUUAGGAGAGAUUAUAGAUCGAACAUCGGCCUCAUUUUGUUGAGAUUAGAUCAUUUAAUCAUGCGGUUUAUAUCUAGUUCUGUGCUUCUGAGUUAAA